AUGCCCGUUCAAACAAGUGUAAGUGCAGCAGCCAACAGCGCGCGCGGAGCCAAAGAGCAGAUCCCAACCCUCUCUCGAUGCGUCAAUCCGGACGGAAUCUCCUGGCGAGCCAUCUGGUAUUUCCCCACCAGCGCUGCCUCGUUCCCAAUAUGCUCCUAUUGCUAUGACCAACACAUCCAAUUCACUCCCCACGCAGGCCUUUUCGAGGCUGCCUGGGUAGACGGGAAUCUCGGCCUAAUGUGUCAAUGGAAUACUCCGCGGGUGAUGUCGCAUCUGGUCGCCAAUGACUGGGACGCGAUCAACGCCUUCAUGGUUGAGCGGGUCAAAAUCCCAGCCUGCAAAGGCCUAGCAGGUCACACCGGGCCUGAUGGCUCCCGGUGGCAUGGGAUGACCGGCGAGUGGGAGAUCCAGGGCUUUGUGAUAUGUGAAGCGUGCUAUCACGAUCUGGUGGCGUGGAGUCAGCUCAAGAGAUACUUCACCACAACGCCGAUGAUCAAGUCGGACGAGGGAAUGUGGACGUGCGAUGCGGCGGUGCCGGUGAUAAAGGAAGGACUCCGUCGGGCGACCACGUCACCCAACGGCUGGGAUGACCUGCACCUCCUUUUCAGAAGACGGAUGGAGUAUCCCUCUUGUAUGGAGAUGAAGAAUCUCCAGGCUGGCUCGACACAUUGGUACGGUUCUAAGGCGGUCCCCGACCUGAUCGUGUGCACGGCAUGCUACCUGGACCACUUCGUGUUGGACCACGCCGAGUUGUGGGAGCUCCUCUCCCUCACAGCAGAGCAGCAACAGCAGCAACUCGAUUGUGCGAUGCAGACAGUUCAAAUCUAUUUCGCCUGGGUUUCCUGCAAACGAGUCAGCAUCGCUAACAAUACCGAUGAGUAUGACGGCUUCGAGGAUCUGGCCAGAAUAAUCCUCAAGUCACCUCCCUGCAGUACAGAUGACAUGCGCAACACCACCUGGUACACCCCACAGGAUUGCACCGGCGAUGCAUUCGCCAUCUGCAAACGGUGCUUCCUAGCGUUCAUGGUGGCUCCCGGGUUCGUCACGGAGUUCAAAGAGGUCAACUUCCGGCGUAAUGGCAACUUGGUCUGCGACUUGAACCCUGCAACGCCACGAUGCCUUAAGUAUCUCGCAAAAUACGAGGAGGCCGUGAAGCAAGAAAACUUCUCCAUCUUCUCCGACUUUGUGUCGGAGUAUGCAGCAUUGCCCGAUUGUCCCCGGGACAAACCCUACAAGAAUCGCAAAUGGUAUGGAAAGGGCGGCUUUACUGCAUGCGAAUUCUGCUACAAGGAAGCCGUCGAGGGGGCGAGCCUAGCCAGUCGUCUCGACUGCGCCGUCGUCCCGAACGAAGCCCGAUGCCAGAUGUACUCUCCCCGAAUGCGGAAUCUUUGGCAACAUGCUUGCGAGAAUAACGACCUAGACUCCUUCCUGGUGCUUGCAAAGGAGCGCAUGCAUGUGUUUCUGUUGAUGAACAUGGAGAAGCAACGUGUUGAGUUCGGGCAGCUCAUGCGCAUGCAGCAGCGGCAGACCUUGAUGCUGGCGUCCACAAUCAAUAAGGGGUCGGAGUCGUUUGCUUCGGUGGUCGGCAAUAGUGGAGGUGCGAUGUUUGGGAAUGCGAGCAUUGGGUUCAACUGGAAUAGUGCGGCUGGGGCUGAGAGUCAUCAACAGUUUCUGCAAGCAAUGGGGAUUAAUGUGGUGCAGGCCGGGGAUGGUGCGGCGUUGAUGCCUUUGAUGCAGAGGUGGGCGCAGUUGGAGUAG